AUGUCCACAAUUAAACAUGUGUCACUUAGAGUGUGGCCCUCGCGUAAUAUCAAUGACAAAAAUGAACUCUCUUCUGAGAAAGUUAAUCCCCAUGUGGUACACUUUGAUAUUUCUCUCCUGGAACUUAGUAAGUAUGUAACAUCAAAGGAGACUUUUACUACUUUUCUUUCAAGCCAGUCUCAUGCAAUCUUAGACGAUCCAAAUUGUAUUCACAUUCAACGAAAGUCGAAGAAACAUAAGGACUACGUUGCAUUGGAAACAGAAGAAGAUUUCAAGUCAAUGGCAAGGAGUUUACAAGUAAAAAAUCUGUUGAAACUACUUGUGACAGUGAAAAAAACUAAUGUAAAAUCCGGUGCCGAGAGUUCUGAAUGUUCAAACUCAAUUAAUAGCGAACGUGAUCCUGAGAAUAACAAGAGAAAAUCGGGAGAAGAGGUACAGGGUAAGACGUUCUUCCUUGAAAUUGGGGAGGUUAUGUUGCAAAGUGUUUUUGAACACUUGCAAGAGAUGGCAGUCACUCAGUUAAACAGAAAAGAGUUUACAAAGGAAGAUGAAGUAGGCAAGUACGCUACUACCAAAACUUCUGAUUCACCUCCAGGUUCAACAAAUGCAUCUCUGAUUGUACACAGAAACAUUGCGUGUGAUUCUUGUUCCCCUGAUGAAUUCCGUCCAAUUGUAGGAACAAGAUACAAAUGUUUGAUUUGUAAAAACUUUGACUUGUGUGAAAAUUGUGAGGGAAUGAAAAUUGAAGUGGCUGGCCACAAUAAUUCUCAUGUAAUGGCUAAAAUUUUGACUCCAGAACAAGGCGAGCUCCUUCAAAAGAAUAUUGCACCAUCUACCCAGAAAGCAGGACCUGUCCAUAGUAAUGUUGUUUGUGAUUCUUGUUCCUCAAUUCAUGGAAGUACAAAGAGUAUUGUUGGGAUUAGAUACAAGUGUUUAGUUUGUGAAGAUUUUGAUUUAUGUGAAGAAUGUGAAGCGCAAAAUGUCGAAAAGCCUACUACUUUAGGAUUCCACACCGUUUCACAUCCAAUGAUCAAAAUCUCUAACCCUGAGCAAGCCAACUCUCUUAGAGCGGGUUCUCUUAAGAACACUCCUCCUCCUAAAUAUCUGUACCAAGCCGAUGACAUCGUAUUUGAUAUUCCAUUGGGAAGUUGUUCGUUGGCAAACAAAGACAAGCUUGAGAGUUUAUUAAAGAAUGCUGAUAUUGAACAAUUUUUCAAACAUGUUGAUUCUUAUAUUGAAGAUUCUCGCAAAUAUAACAAUUUACUCUCCAUGAUUCCAGGAACCAACACGGAUGCAAAGUAUUCAACCAUCAUUAGUAAGAUUAAAGAACAACCAGAAGAUGCCGCAAAACCUAGUUCUGAGGAAAAUGAUAGUAGUAUUGAUGAUGGGAAUGUUUUGGUUCAUGUUACAAAGUCAAAACCUUCAUUUGUUGGAUUCAAAAUAUCGAAUAACUCUUCGUUUAACAUCAAUGGGAAGGACUUGGAGUUUGAAAUUUUGAAUGGGUCUAAUAGUCAAUGUAUCGAAGUUCCAAGUUCGCAUGAUAUUUCACCUGGUAAAAGUAGAUCAUUUAAUUUGUCUUCGAACGAAGGUGUUCAAAAUUUUUCCAUUGUUGAUAACACAAGAUUGAGGAUUCCUACAGCCAACCCGAACGUUUACAUGGAAGGGAACCUUCUUGAAACGGGUGUAUCUAUUUUGAAUCCAAUCCACCGGGAGAAGAAUAUCCAGUCGUCUUUGCCUACAAGUUCGGGAUCGAUUCAUGCGACUUUAUCUAUAAAAUCUAAGGGUUUGGCGCAAAUUCUUGUUACAAAUAAUUCUUCUCUCCCCAUCGACUGCAAGGAUUUAAGAUUUGAAGUUAUUAAUUGUUUCCAACAACCAGUUUGCAGUUUGUGGGUUAGUAAGAGACAUCCAAUCUUACCAGCCAGAUCAUCGAGAUUUAACAUCUCACUUAGCAGUGCUCAUCUCAAGUAUCCAUUUAUUCUUACCAUCAAGAAUAAAUGUAUCUUUGGUGAAUGCGAGAUGAGUUUUAAAAAAUUGGAUGGGGUUUUCCAAAUUCAAAAGGUUGAUAAUUAUACAGAAGUCCAAUCGGAUGAUAUGGAAGAUGUUUUGGACAUUAGCAAUCCCGCACAAGAUGAAACUGAUAAUAUGGAAAUCUCAGAAUAUGACGGGAAGACUACGGAAGAAUUUACUGAUGAAAAGAAAACUAACGAGCUGGAUUUGAAAGUUGAUUUAUCAAACAAGCAGUCUGAAACUUCAAGAGAGGCGUCACCUGAGACAGAAACGGAUUUGGACGUGAUGGAAAAAACGUUAGGGAAUUCUGAACUGUCGGACGAAAAAGAAGUCACCCCAGGAUCAAUCCAUUCUAUGGUAUUACCUAUGUUGCCAAAGGAAAUUUUUAACUCAACAGACUUAAAGAAAUUAUCGUCUUCGGAGUACAUUGAUGCCAAGUCUACAUUGAACGAAGAAGCUAAGGAUGAUGAAACAAACUAUGAAGCUGAGUAUGAUAUUAUUAGUACAGAUGCAGGGGAGGAUUUCGGUUCAGAUUAUGAAAUUUUGUCACCAGUUACAAGUAAUCUGCAACCUUGA